AUGGUACUGCACAAAGCGUACACGACGUUUGAGAAGCAGUUUGGCGACCAGGACGGAGUCGAAGACGUGGUGCUGUCCAAGAGGCGGAGGCUGUACGAGGAGCAAGUCAGGGAGAACCCGAAAAACUACGAUGCCUGGUUUGACUACGCCAGACUGGAGGAAUCGGCUGGAGACGCCGACCGCGUUCGGGAUGUGUACGAAAGGGCCGUCGCCCAAGUGCCGCCGACGCAAGAAAAGCGGCAUUGGCGGCGAUACAUCUAUCUCUGGAUCUUCUACGCCAUCUGGGAGGAGCUCGAGGGCAAGGACGUGGAGCGGACGCGGCAAAUCUACAGCACUUGCUUGGACCUGAUUCCGCGCAAAAAGUUUACGUUUGCCAAGAUGUGGCUGCUGGCGGCGCAGUUUGAGGUCCGGCAGGGCCAGCUCGCAGCGGCGAGGAACCUGCUGUGGCGGGCGGUCCACAAGUGCCCCAAAGACAAGAUCUUCAACGGCUUCAUUGACCUGGAGCGCAGGCUGUUUGAGUUUGUGCGGUGCCGGACCCUGUACGAGAAACACGUCGAGCACAACCCGGCCAACUGCCAGACGUGGAUCAAGUUUGCCGAGCUGGAGCGCGGGCUCGACGACCUGGAGCGCACGCGGGCCAUCUUCGAGCUGGCCAUCAGCCAGGCGCAGCUGGACAUGCCGGAGCUGUUGUGGAAGGCCUACAUUGACUUUGAGGAGGAGGAGGGCGAGUACGAGCGGACGCGCGAGCUGUACGAGCGGCUGCUGGCCAAGACGGACCACGUCAAGGUGUGGAUCAGCUACGCGCACUUUGAGAUUAACAUACCCGAGGAGGACGAGGAGGGCGAAGGCGACGAGGAGCAGGCGGUGAGCGACGAGGCCAAGGCGCGGGCGCGGGGCGUGUUUGAGCGGGCGCACAAGAGCAUGCGCGACAAGGAGCUCAAGGAGGAGCGGGUAUCGCUGCUCAACGCGUGGCUGUCGUUUGAGCGGACGCACGGGUCGGGCGACGACAUGGAGCGCGUGCAGCGGCUGAUGCCGCGGCGGACGCGGCGGCGGCGGCUGCUCGACGACGGCUCGCACGACGAGUACGUCGACUACGUCUUCCCCGCCGACGAGCAGCAGGCAAAGAGCCUGUCCAACGUCCUGGCGCUGGCCCAGAAGUGGAAGCAGACGGGCGGCGACCUGUCGGGGGCGGCCGGGGGGGAGUAG